UGUCAGCGGGCGCUGCGUCUGUGGGCAGCUCUGGCUUGACCGACCUGGACGGGACGCUCGCCGCUACUUGAACCUGCGUGACUGCCCAUGGCGGGCCUGAUCUCCCCCAAACCGCUCUCGUACAUGCAACACAUGCAGUACAACCCCUACGGUCGCGGCGUCGCCGGCUACGGCGACUCCCCCGCCAACGGCCUCCCCCCUCUCUCGCACCCCACGCCGCAGAACAUGGUCCCCGGCUACAACGGUUCUUCGCCUGGGCUCAUGGCCGUGCACGAGGAGACCAAGAUUUACGGCCUGGUGAUUGAUCUGCUCGAUGGCAACACCCGCGAGACCGCACUGCUCGAGCUCAGCAAGAAGAGAGAGCAGUAUGACGACCUCGCCUUGGUUCUUUGGCACUCCUUUGGUAUUAUGCCCGCGCUCAUUCAAGAAAUUGUUUCUGUAUAUCCUCUACUCUACCCGCCUAAUCUCACUGCCCAUGUAUCCAACCGCGUCUGCAACGCUCUCGCCCUCCUGCAAUGUGUGGCUUCGCAUGCGGAGACUCGUCAGCUAUUCCUGAAUGCCCAUAUUCCCCUCUUUUUGUAUCCAUUCUUGAACACGACCUCCAAAACGCGCCCCUUCGAGUACUUGCGCCUCACCUCGCUUGGUGUUAUCGGCGCGCUCGUCAAGCAAAACGACAACAACACCGUCAUCCACUUCCUCCUCUCGACCGAGAUUAUACCCCUCUGCCUGCGCAUCAUGGAGACAGGCUCUGAGCUCUCCAAGACUGUCGCCAUCUUCAUCGUCCAGAAGAUUCUGCUCGAUGAGACCGGCCUCACGUACAUCUGCCACACCUACGAGCGGUUCUACGCCGUCGGGACCGUCCUGAGCAACAUGGUCAACCAACUCGUGGAGACACAGGCCGUACGGCUGCUCAAGCACGUCGUGCGGUGCUACCUGCGAUUGAGCGAUAAUCUGAGGGCUAGAGAGGCGUUGAGGGCGUGCUUGCCGGAGCCUCUGCGCGACAACACGUUCGCUGCCUUACUCAAGGGCGACAUGGUCACGAAACGGUGCCUGACCACGCUGCUCAACAACCUCAACGAGUGACCGCAGGCUCCGCCGUAAAAUGCACGUCACAACCUUCAGAGAUCUUUUGUUUCUGGUAUUCCGGCUCCCUUUUGGAGAGGUCAGCUUAAUGGACAGGCCAGCAGCGACGCAGUAUUUCCGCACCCGCUCGGACGGGGGUGCUUGUAGCUCAAGUAUAUAUAUACCUUGCUUUGUUUCAGUAUACGCCUUCACAUGUAGAGUUGCUAGCUCAUGAUCAUCACGGACAGUCUUGUGGGAACGCAGUGCACCUUAGCAUAGAUGUGACUAGUACAGUAUAUUGUCCGACGGAAUAUAAACUGCAUGGCAACUUGUAC